AUGGAGGAGGGAGGAGGCGGAGGGUCUGUCUGCCCAGGCCGGACGAAGCUCUCCGUCUGCAAAGGACUCAGCCCCACGUCAGACUCUCCACUAAGCUCCCCCGCCCUGCCGUCCUCCAGCAGCGUGACCAGCGGCUUGGUUCAGAGCAACUCCUACGCCUCGUCUCCCCUCAGCCUCUUCCGACUGCAGGAGCAGUUCCGGCAGCACAUGGCCGCCACCAACAACCUGGUGCAUUACCCGUCCUUUGACAUGAGCGCGCCGUCCUCCCUGCCCUACCUGGGCAUGAACGUCAACAUGCCUUCCCCACUGGGCUCGCUGCCCUGCCAGUCCUACUACCAGACCCUGUCACAAGCCCAACAGGUGUGGAACAGCCCGCUGCUGCAGGCGGCGCCGGGCGGCCUCCCGGGAAGCCUCAACAGCAAGACCACAAGCAUCGAGAACCUCCGGAUGAGGGCCAAGCAGCACGCGGCCUCUCUGGGACUGGACACGCUUCCCAACUGAAGCCUCUGGCAAGCUUUUUUUUCGGGCCCACGAUCCAAGUUUUCAUCGCGACCCCCCCCCUUCGAAACAACUUCAUGUAUCCGCAGAGAUUUCCAGCAGAAGCCCAAGAACGAAUCGGUGUUAUUACAAGAAAAAAAAACAACAACUUUCAAAGCUUUUCAAAAAACAAACAAACACACAGACUGUGCUUAAGUAAGCACUUCGGAGGACCUACCUCAACAUGGAUUGUCGACACACACUUUCGUUAUUAUUCUCACAGCCUUCGACCUCAAAGACAAGCGGAGAACACCAGAUAACAACCAUAAUCCCCCCCCCCCCCCGUCUUGACUGCAGUUGCGACUGAAGAGUUGACUUCAUCGGUGGAUUAAAUUAACUCUAAAAGGCCAAUAGCAUCAGUUGGUGCUAACAAUGAUUAAGUCCGGGCAAAAAAAAAAAAAAAAAAGCUCUCCCAAUGUUCUGAUAUUCUAAAAUACUCUGUAACCCUACAAGAUCCAUUGAACGUAUGCAUGCAUGAGAUCCUCUUAAGCAUUUGGCUUAUACAGCCACCGAAUACAGCUAUCAUGGGAGUAAAAAAAAAAAAAAGACUGGAUACCACAAAUAUAGGUCUAAUCACUCUCAGUGACAUCCCCGUUUGAAGGUAUUGUUCUCAGCUUGGACUAAACGGAGUGUUGUAAAUAUCCUCCAGUGCUCACCUCCAUCUGACUGUUUUCAAAGCAACCCCAAGUCAACGUUUGGGCAAAGGGUUUGCGAGAGAAAAAUAUAUACAUAUAUAUUUAUUUCCCAACUAAAGCCUCUAGCAAUGGAUCUAACCACAGAAAUGAAAUACUUGGGAAAAGAAACUGCAGCUGCCCACAUUUUUGCGCUUGCCAGUGGCUUCGGCAGAAAGUAGCACACCCUAAACCUCUGUAUUGUAUAUAUCACUGUAGAUUUAAAUACAUGUAUUUGUCAAUUGGUUAAAAUAUGAGUAAUUUAUCUGUUCAAUGCAAAAAUAAAUAAUUGUAAAUGAAGUGUUCA